GCCAUCUCAUUCGUCAAUUCGGUGGUUCAAUCUUAUCGAUCUGGAACCUGACUGAGAACGAAGUAAUCAGAGCAAACGACUCCCGUUCGACACAGCUGGCGUUGCUGCUUCGAAUAUUGUCCUGUCAUCGACCAUCUGCCUAAUCUGACAAACGGAUUCAGCAACACAUACUAGGAAGACCGUAAAAGCACGACACCCAGCCAUGACGCCGAGGUGAUCGACUGGUACGAUACUUGACACUAUCAGGCAAAUCAUCUCCUGAUAAACGCCCAUCAGAAUGAGAGGAUUUUAUACCCAGUCUGCCGUGGUGCUGGUAUUGGCGAGCUGUGUUCUGGCGGGUCCGAUGCAGCUCGACCAUAGGCAAGACCCAGCCGCUGCAACAACGAGCGAGUCGUCCGCAGGACACGAUGAGGCUGCCACCACUAGUCCAGUCUCUUCCAUAGCAACGAAAGCUUCACCGACCACAAUCACUACGGACCGGCCCCAUUCGACAACGGCGAGCCUCCCAACAAGCUUCACUACCAGCAGUGGGCAAAUACCAACCUCGACGGCCGGGAAUAGCUCGAUUUCGACCUAUUCGGCACCAUAUGUGAACAACGAACCACUCUCGUACGAACUGCCACUACCUCCACAGCUCACCCCUGGCUGGGGCGUUGCAGGGUCCAUUCUCCUCAUCACGGGAAUCGUCUACACUUUGAUCGGAAUCAAGAACCCGAGACUCCAGACGUUCUUCUCCACAGCCUAUCUCGGUGGCAUCUCCACGGCCAUCUUGAUCGUGUACCUUUUGUACCCACCAACAUCGGAUGGUGUCCAGGGAGGGUAUGUGGUUGCCUGUGUUAUUGCGGGCUGCCUACUAGGCGGUGCUGCAACAAUAUUCAAGGAGAUCACCGAAGGAUUUGGCUGCCUCGUUGGCGGAUUCUGCCUUGGAAUGUGGCUGCUGACUCUGGAGGCCGGUGGCCUUCUCACAAAAAGCAGCGACAAAAUCAUCUUCCUCACAAUCUUCUCCAUUGUUGGCUUUGCCACAUACUUCAGCCGUUACACGCGCGGCUAUGCUCUCAUUGGCUUCAUCUCGUUCUCCGGUGCUACAGCCAUUGUCUUGGGGAUAGACUGCUUCACGCGAGCAGGCUUGAAGGAGUUCUGGGCAUACAUCUGGAACAUCAAUCCAAACCUCUUCCCGCUCGACACAACAACCUACCCACUGACCAGGGGACUCACGGUUGAGACAGCACUCAUCGUCAUCAUCACCGUUAUAGGGGUCAUAUCGCAAUUAAGGUUGUGGAGAGUCAUCCAGGCACGCCGUGCCAAGAAAGCAGAGGAGCAGGCUGAGCUUAAGCGGCAGCGCGACGUGGAGGAGACUGCAAUCGGCCAGCAGAUUGAGGAGGAAAAUGCGCGGGAGCGCAGGGAGUGGGAGAAGAUGUACGGAGUUGUGUCUGAGGAGCCCGUCGUAUCGGCAGUUGAACUCGGCGACGGAGCCCCCGACCGAAGGAACGUUGAAACCUCAAGGAGUAUCACCAGCAGUGAUACGAUAGAGCUCUCCGAAAUGGGUUCGAGGCGGCGGGCCGAUGACCCUCAGGGAGCAGGAUCACAAUCAACUCCAGGUCUGUUGUUGUCGGACGACACGAUGACGUCGGCCAUUACCGUUCGGGUUGCGAGAGAUGCCUCCCCAGAAAGAUCGAGCACACAUCGCCCAAAUUUCUUUGAAGACGGUCAAGAAGCAGACAAGCCAAUGGCUGAUUCUCAGCACGAGCUUGAGCCACAUCAUCAGCCUGCAGAGCAGGAAGACGGCUCUGGCCCUGCACCAAAAGUCGUACCCCUGCCAUUCACCAUCCCUAUCAAGAUCGAACGAGAGAACGACACUAGGGAAGACGACGACGACGACAAUGAUGACCGGUCGUCGUUCGCAACCUUUGCCGACGACGACGAGAGGUCCAUGCUUGGCAGCAAGCGAGCAUCUCGUGCAUCUCUUGGAACGCUCGGCAACCGACUAUCAGUUGGAUCUCAUCAUCUCCUGCGAAAGUUUUCGGGCCACUCCCUUGGGUCGCGAAAGUCGAACGCCGCGAUCAACGAGGAGCAGAGAGCUGGUGCUGCGUCGCCAUCAAGAACACCCAACGAAGAGAACAACAUUACACUUCAAUCUUCCCCAAGAGAUCUAGAUGAAGACCCUAAAGUCGCACAUUUGAAGACCACAUCGCAGCUGGCGGCGAUGUCCCAUCACGGCUUGCCGAACACAGGCGAGCCACGACCCGAGGUAGAAGUACCAACAGAGGAACCAAUGUCCGUCGACUUGACCGCCGAUCGACUCCCGGGUGGCCUUUCCCGAGUGGCUCUAUCGUACCGCACGAAUGAAUGGGCCAAACAUCUGAGCCAGGCCGAGGCGCCAGAGUUCGAGCAGCUGAGCGUCCACGAGUACCCUGAAGAGAAUUUCGACGACGGCAAACGAGCGGAGACUGUCAUUCCGGUUGAUGUGGAAAGCCUCCAGCGUACUGACGGAGGCAUACCGACAAUCAGGAUGGCGACGUCACCUGUGGGUACAUCGCCUUCGCCGUCAGCACGACCCGAGACAAAGAUGUCAAUACCACGGACACGGCGCCGAGGUGAAAAUAAUGGCGAUACCACUGCCCCCGGACCCAUGGGAUCGGAGUUGCUAGAAAGCGGACCCGGAAACCAGAAGCCUGGGAAGGCUCUCAGACGUGGGAGCUAUCGAGUAUCGGCAGUAGGCAACCCGCCACCCAUCGCCGAGGAAAUUGCCAGCGUCGAGGCGCGGACACCGAGCGGCAGCACACACAACAAUGGCGCCGAUGCAGACACUCAAGACCACCAAGGAGCGACAAGCCGUGGAGCACACAGAGCGCACAUUGCCGAAUGCCUCCCCGCUGCUGGCGUGGUCUCGUAUGACAGCCCACAAACGCUUCUUGGCCAGCGGGAACUGCUACUCCGCAAUAAGUCGACCGCGAUGGUGAUGCCGCACGGCAUGACGCACCAGGGAGAACCCGCGAGCCGUGUCUCUUCCGCAAUGAGCAACUAUGCUGAGCACAAUCUUUAUCACGGCGAGCCGAGUACGGCGGGACAAAUGGCCGACCUCGACGAAUUGACGCUCGCCCAGCGCAAGCAACUCAUUCAGCAAGCCAGUCUUACCUCACAAGGCCCCGUCGGCAUGGCGCUGACCACGCCAGACCCAGGCAGUCCUGUCUACCCGCCGGUUCAGCAUCAGUACGCGAGCGCCGAGGGAGCCAGAUUCGACUCGCACCAGCCACAAAGAGUCUCCUCCGUGCGGUCACCUGCAGAGAGAGAACACGCUCUAGCGAGCUUCAGACAGACUGUGGCCACGGAGCUGCGGUCACCGUCGGCAAUGGGCCACGUGCAGCAAUCUCGAGCUUCUCCAGGCGCGCUCCGAGGUUAUGGCCAGGUGUUGAACCUCAUCAGCCAUGCCCACAAUCCAACUUCGCCGAGCCCCGGCAGGAUGACACCGUCCGGGAUACCUUCCCAGAUAGACCCGGCCGCCUCGCUGGAGCGCAGUCGGAACAUGCUGAUGACACAAAAGGAGCAGGAGGCUCGGCGCAGGGGGAUGGAUACCUUGCGGAAGGAACAGAAUGACCAGGCAUUCGAGGAGAUGAUGCGCCGUGGUGACCUCUUAGAUGCUCACCGCGAGGCACUGCGGAAAUUGCAGGGCACGGCGAGGUAAUGACACGGUUCAGGAACAAGAGCUAUGAAUGUCGUCGCAUUUGGACGUCAUACGCUACUUACGCGGCAUGACAUAUACCACACACUUGAUCUUGAAUUUCCUUUGUACUCCAUGCCGCAGGCGCAGGCGCAAACGACCCAGCUAGAGCCGUGCGAACCAUUGAGGUUUAUUAGAUAUUUUAAUCAAG